UGUGGUUAGAAAAGCGUUGUUACGUUUUCAUAUAACACACAAACGUGCCACAUUGUACUUUACGGAAGGCUUUGCGUUUGUUAUGAACGAAAAGCUCAAAUUUAUUUCAAUAGAAAAUUCACCUUCGUCGAGAGUUGUUGAUAUUGAAUCCCAUGCGCUAAAAUUUAGAACAUAUUUUCGCUAAUAAAUGUGCAAAGUGAAAAAAUAAAAAUAAAAAUCAUAAAACGAAACGAAGUUAUACGAAUCGUGUACAGAAAGAGAAAAUUUCAUAAAAAUUUUUUCAACUUUUUCAGCUGCAACAACGUUAACCAGUUGUGUAAAUCUAUCUUGAGCUGAACUAAAAAUAUAUUUAUUCCAGAAUAAUCUGCAGGUUGAAGCACUUAAAAUUUGUAAAAAUAGCUAUCAACAGCAGAAAAUUGUUAAAUUUUCAUUUAUAAUCACGCUACAUUCAGUAUAGUUGAUUGAGAAAAGUUACGCCUCGUAGUAUCACCAAAGUGGUCCAAUCAUACAGUGUGAGGUGCAUUACAUAAGUGCGCGCGGCAGGAAGAAUUGCACGAGUAUCUUUUCUUGACAAACUCUUGUGCAAUAAUAAUCAUUGUUAAGAACAAAAAACCACACACUAAUACGUAAAGGAAUAAAGGAACAUUACGUGUGCGGGUGGCGGCACACCCGUUCCAACGACGAGUUACUUUUUUUUUUAUUUUUUGUAUGCAUGCGUUUAGCCCCUCGCAUGCUCACAUGCCAGCCAAGUACACAAAUAUUGUGGACAUAAGCUACAUAUAUUUGCAGUAACCGAACAGCCGUGCAUAUGGAAAGAAAAACAUAGUGUUUGUGUGUCUGCUUAGUAUACUACGCCUUUAUCGUUAUUUACGCUACGCACGAGCUACAUUAAGCAUCAUCGUAUCAUUGUAACCAGUCGCCAUCGUUGUAGUCUUUGCUUGAUCUCCACAAGAGACGGCGCACAAAACAAUUUCACAAUUCCACCAAGCAGCCACUGGGUAGCAUAGUGCUUACGUAUCAAAACUCAACUGGUAUUUGUGAAAACGUUUUUAAAAACGUGCAGCUUGUUACUAUUGUUGACUUAUAUAUUGUAUGUGCUAACAUUUGCCGGUUCUAGUUUAAAAAGCCUUUUGAGUGUUAUAUAAAUAUUCACAUAUUUAUUAUCAUUUAUUGUUUGUGUACGGUUUAUCUGCUGUAAAACCGGCAAAAAUAGCCGGUAAUUUUGCUUUCUCUCGAUUAAAUUGUGUAUUGACAUUAGAAUUUUUAUUGUUAUUGCACAUUUGUGAAAAGUGCGAAAAAAAGUUCUCGCGUGAUUAUGUCCCAGAAUCAACGUGACACGCUCAUACAUUUAGUUGCUGGCGGUACUGCUGGCACAGUUGGUGCUGUCGUCACCUGUCCCUUGGAAGUGGUUAAAACACGUUUACAAAGUUCCAAUUCUUUCCUCGGGCCGACACGUCUAGAACCGCCAGGUUCUACAAAUGGCGCCAGCGAAUUGUUACGGCCCGAACAACGGCGUAAAUUGAGCACAACCAUUUUGCGUAAGAGGUCACAGCCACAGGUGAUUGGGGGUGUGCGUAGGAUCAUGGCUAUCUCACAUUGCGGCAUCUCAUCCACCUCCACAAAGUCAAUGAGUAUCAUGCAGUGCUUAAGACACAUAGUACAAAAUGAGGGUCCACGCGCUCUAUUCAAAGGUCUCGGACCAAAUCUCGUUGGCGUUGCACCCUCACGGGCGAUAUAUUUUUGCACCUACUCACAAACAAAGAAUUUUUUGAAUAGUUUAAGUUUCAUAAAAACCGAAUCACCGCAAGUGCACAUACUAAGUGCUGCCAGCGCUGGUUUCGUCUCAUCCUCUCUUACCAAUCCCAUUUGGUUUGUUAAGACGCGUCUGCAGCUAGAUUACAAUUCCAAAGUGCAAAUGUCCGUGCGCGAAUGUAUCAAUCGAGUUUAUGCACAAGGCGGUAUUGCCGGUUUCUAUAAGGGUAUCACCGCCAGCUAUUUUGGCAUCUGUGAGACAAUGGUGCACUUUGUCAUUUACGAGUUUAUCAAAUCGAAAUUGAUUGAAAUGCAUAACACACAUCACGAUGAUCUGAAAUCAUCGAAGGAUUUUCUAGAGUUUAUGAUGGCUGGCGCUGUUUCAAAGACUGUUGCAUCUUGUAUUGCCUACCCACAUGAGGUGGCGCGUACAAGGCUGCGUGAGGAGGGCAAUAAAUAUAAUACAUUUUUCCAAACGCUGCACACCGUCUGGAAGGAAGAGGGACGAGCUGGACUUUACAGAGGCUUAGCGACACAAUUGGUGCGACAAAUACCCAACACAGCCAUUAUGAUGGCCACCUACGAAGGAGUCGUCUAUGUAUUAACACGACGAUUUAAUAAUAAAAGCAAUGAAUUCUACGACUUCUAGAUUUGUUUUCCUUAAAGGCUACACAUAAAGCCGUGUUGAACGACUGCUAGUACAAACACACUCACACAUACACACUCAGAGAGAGAAACGCGCUAACUACGGUUGAUAAUAAAUUAAUUGCAACGUAAGCGUGUCUGUGUAUGUAGUAUGUGUUUAUUGGUGUGAGCGUUUGUGUGUAUAUAGUUUUGCUUUAAUUAAAAACUUAUUAAUUUUUUUUCUUUAGCUACAAAGUUACUAUGCAACUUUGUUGCGUUAAAUGAUAAUACAAUAAAAGAAAAACCAAAAAAUAAUUUGAAGCACGCUUUUAGGCGCCUGUUGCAGAGCGCUAGCCUAACAAAAGCAACUUAAGCGAACAACGAAUUAUAAAACUAUUAUUGAAUAGUUCAGAGUUCAAGUAAUAGUAAAUCGUUGUGUGUCAGGAUGCAAAUUGAAUUUUUGAAAAAUUUUCACAUCCCUUUCUAUAAUUUUCUUUAAUUUUUUUUUUUUUUUUGAAGUAGCUCUUAAAUUGUUUUUAACUACUUUUGAGCCAUAUGGACUUAAGUAGUAACAAUAAUCGAUACCGAACUAUUUUUUAUGCAAAUAAUAUAUGGUGGUUUAUAUUUGCAAAAACUAUCUGUUUUAUUUUGAUUUGAUUCGAUUAAAUAAUAAUCUUCAAAUUUUUGCAUUACUUUUCUUAUUUUAAUUUUCUUUUUUAGAUCUAUAGACUGUUUAUAGAUCUUGUAGCUAUUAUAUAACUCUUUGCACUUUGAAAAUGUAUGCACUCACGCUUAUACACUCACAAACACUCACACAUUUGUAUGAGAAACUCAUCUAAAACUCUACCCUUGAAUGGUGAAAUGCAUAACAAAUAUUUUAGUGUUUAAUAAUUAAAUUAUUCCACUUUAAAUGUUAAUUAGAAGUUAUUUUUUAUUUUAUUUUCACAAUUAAGUGCCGAAUUGAUAAUUUUUCUUUUUAUUGAUAUGAGUUAUUGUAUGAUGUACUACCUACGUAGUUUAUUAUAUACACACAUGCCCACACACAUAUAUAUAUUCUUUUGAGUGGCAGAAGUUGUAAACACUUGCUACAUAUUUUUGAGUUUCCUCACCUGUGACUUUAAUUUAAUUGUAAGUCAUUUAAAUUGCUAUACAUUUAUAAAAAUGCACUCACAUAAACAUGCAUACAUAUAAAUUUAGUACAUACAUACAUAGAUACUUACUCAUGCCAUAUACAUUUUAAUUAUUGUAAUUAUGAAUGGAUUUUUUGCUUUAACUUACAAAGAAAAUCUGCAGAUUUGUUUUCGAAACAAUGAAACAAGAAAAUUGCAAAUUGUAAUUAUUUUUAAGAAUUAUAUAUUUAGUAAUUAAAUGAAAUGUCACUACACAUGUAAGACACAUACGAAAGAAAAAAAAAAACAAAUAACACGUUUUAACCAAAUUCGUAAACGAAACCAUGAAUAAGGCUGCUCUAAAGUUAGACUGCAAAGUAGCUCAUACAAAAAUGUUAUAAUGACAAAUGCAAAAAAUACUAUUAUUUCGUAGACUUUAAGUAUUUCAUUGGCACAAAAAAAAAGUAAAAAAAAAAAACUGCGAAGUGCAAAAUAAAAAAUUAAAAUUAAUACAUACAUACAAACAAACAUAUGUAUUUGUAAGUUGCUUUGUAAAUAGUAUAUAGUCGAAAAAAAGAGGUGUGAUAAAAUUUAUGUUAAUAUAAUUUCUUCAAGAUCUUAUGUGCUUUUGUAGGCAUUUUAAACCAAGUGAGCGCCUAAAAUUUGGCUUAAUAUUUUGUAAAUAUGUUCUAAAUGAACUGCAAGUGAAAAAUAUUUUCUUUUUCCCAAUAAAAAAAAAACGAAAAUUUCGAAGCAAAAUUACGCUUUAAAAGGUUUAAAAUGUAAAUUCUUUGCCUUAAUAUGAAUUUAAUGGCGAUUUUAUACAUUUAAACCUCGGUUCUUCGUUUACAAAAAAAACAUACUUUUAGGCGUCAAACUCGCUGGAGGUCUACAAUUUUGUUUCUUGUAAAGUCAUUGUCGUCCAAAUGUCAUUUAGUAUAUGCUCGUAUGUACAUAGAAGCUUAACAAAACAUUAAAAAAAUAUCGCAACGCCUUUGAAAAAA